AUGGUUCCACGUGAAGAUGCUGUUCAACCAUUUGAGACCUUCUUGAGAAGAUUCAGAAGAGGAUAUGAUUCUGGAGUUGCUGGAUCAGCUGGAUCUGCUGAUGGAAAGUGCAACUGUGGACCACAACCAAAGAACUGUCCAGCCGGACCACCGGGACCACCAGGAAAUCCAGGAACACCAGGAGAUGACGGACCAAUUGGAAGAGCUGGAAAUCCAGGAAGAGAUUCAACUGAAGGAGAUCGUAUGGCUGAUUUCAACAAGGAUGUCAAGUGCCCAGCUGGACCACCACUCCUUCUUAUAUGUAACCGAGAAGAGCAUUUUAAAAACUUGACAGGGAAAAAAAGAGAACCGGAAUACCGUAUUUCUGGCAGAUCAAAUGAUGGAUUGGAUUGCCAAACUGAGAGGCUAUUACCGAAAAAUAAACUAAAAUUGAUGAACUUGAAAAGUAAAAUUUUGAGACAAUCAUUUUUUAUGUCCCCCACCUUUAAUCAAAUAAAAUUUUGA